CCAGGCUCGGCAGGGCUGGGAACCGUCGGCGGAGCGUGGGUGAGCGCCCACUGCAGCCGCGGGAGUCCCGGCGAGCAAGCAUGGCGGCCCUGACUACCGUGGUGGUGGCGGCGGCGGCCACGGCAGUUGCCGGGGCGGUGGCGGGGGCGGGCGCGGCUGCGGGGAGCGACGUGGGAGCGGCGCCGACGCCGCAACAGAAUGAGGGCGGCUUUAGUACUUCUGCUGGGAUUCGUCCUUCUCAGCUGCAGAACUGGAAGCAGAAAGUUAGUCGGAUGAAGAAAGCAGAAUUCAUGCGCACAGCAGAAAAAUUAAAGAAUCAAGUUAUUGUUAUAGAGAAAGAUAAACACAGUCAUUUCUACAACCAAAGAGGUGACUUCAGAACUGAACAUAGCAUGCUGGAAGAGUUGGAAAAUAAACUGAUAAACAGCAGGAAGAUAGAAAGAGCAAAAAUCCAGCAACAGUUGGCCAAAAUACAUAACAAUGUAAAGAAACUUCAGCACCAGCUGAAAGAUGUGAAGCCUACACCUGACUUUGUUGAAAAGCUCAGAGAAAUGAUGGAAGAAAUUGAAAAUGCAAUCAAUACUUUUAAAGAAGAACAGAGACUAAUAUAUGAAGAGCUUAUUCAAGAAGAGAAAACAACUAAUAACGAGUUGAACGCCAUCUCCAGGAAAAUUGACUCUUGGGCUUUGGGUAAUUCAGAAACAGAGAAAGCUUUCAGAGCAAUCUCAAGCAAAGUUCCCAUAGACAGAGUAACACCAAGUACUCUUCCAGAAGAAGUGGUAGAAUUUGAAAACUUCCUCCAGCAAACAGGAGGGCGACAGGGGGGCUGGGAUGACUUUGACCACCAGAACUUUGUGAAAGUGAGGAACAAACAUAAGGGAAAGCCGGCGUUUAUGAAGGAGCUUGUUGAACACCUUCCUGGAAAAACACUGGAUGAAGUUCAGCAGCAUGAGAGGUGGUAUCACAAGUUCCUGGCUCUAGAAGAAAGAAAAAAAGAGUCCAUUCAGAAUUGGAAAGUGAAAAAGCAGCAAAAGAAGGAGGAAAUACUGAAGUUAAAAGAAAAGGCAGACACUGCACCUGUGCCUCCUCAUAGCAACCUGGAAAGUAAUCAAAAGCAGAAAGAGGAACAGAGAAAGAAGCAGAAACUGGCAGUCGAAGCUUGGAAAAAGCAGAAAAGUAUAGCGCUGUCAAUGAAGCAUGCUUCCCAGCUCAGAGAAGAGGGGGAGAGAGAGAGGAAGCAGCAGAGAGAGCGCCAGCGGCAGUGCAAGUUAAAACUGCUCCUGGAGAACUACACCCAGCAGAAGAAGGAGCAGGAGGAGCUCCUGCGGCUUGAGAGGGAGGCAAAGGAAAAGGCAGAGAAGGCGGAAAAAAGGAAAACUGCUGCUGAAGAGAUUUCCAGGUUUCAAGAAAGAGAUUUACAUAAACUUGAAUUAAAAAUUCUAGAUAGACAGUCAAAAGAAGAGGAAAAGGCAGAAAAACAAAGACGGCUGGCCAAACUAAAAGAAAAGGUAGAAAAUAAUGUCAGUAGAGAUCCUUCUAGGCUUUAUAAACCUACCAAAGGCUGGGAAGAACGGACCAAAAAGAUAGGCCCAUCAGGCUCUGGGCCACUUCUCCAUAUCCCUCACAGGGCCAUUCCAAGCUGGCGACAAGGAAUCUAGAGGGACUAUGAGAUAAUGCAAUUGCUGGUCACUUGAGAAUGUUAGUAGUGCUAUUUCAGGAGAAGGUGAUUAACUUUACUAUUUAAAUGUUACUAGCUUAGUCAGGUUGGUUAUUGUGCUGUGAAUGAAUUGAGAGUCAUGUAGUAUUGUCAGCAUUUUGUUUCUAUAAAGAUGGUAUGUGUUGGCCUAUUAUUGAUAUGAAAGUUAUUUAAAUAGGUUUAUGUUACAAACAUUAUUCCAUUUAAAUACUCAAAAUAUUUCAAAGAUAUUUUGUUUUUAUCACGGCUUAGUGAAAUUAUUUAGGAGAAUCAGUCUUUUUUAAGACGAAAUUUUAUAACUUUUGUAACUUGGAAGUAACUAAGCUUGAGUAACAAAAUGUAAAGUGUCUUUUUAAAAAGAAUUGUUCAAUAACUUAGUACUUUUUCUAAGUUUAACAAAAUGGUAGUUUGUCAGUUGUUUCAUUUUUGUGUAAUGAAUAUUUUGUAUUUGAUUAAAGCAUGCUUUGUUUUAUAUGGAGACUAUUUUAAAUAACCUCCCUUGCCAUAUGUACAUUAUUUAUUUAUUAUGAUUCCAUCCUUCAGGUUUCCUGCAACAAUGUCAAAUUUCCUUUCAGGUUUUCUGUACUUACAGAUUUAUAAAAUCUUUGUGUCUUUGUAUCUUACUGGGUGGUACAGUUUUCUUCCACUUGCCCCAAAGCAGGAACAUUCUUUCUUCUGAAAUAAGCUAGUUUUACUUCCAGCCUUGUUUUUGAGAGAGAGAGAGAGAGAGAGAGAGAGAGAGAGAGAGAGAGAGAGAGAGAGAGAGAGAGAGAGAGAGAGAGAGAGAGAGAUGUUGGGGGACAUCAGAGGACAACUUGGUGGAGCUGGUUCUCUCCUUCCAUCUUUGUGUUGAGCUCUAGGAUUGAGUUCAGGUUUCCAAGCUUGUGCAACUGCUGAGUAGCAGAAAUUACCCAGGAUGCUUGGGAAUUGAGGGUUAAGUAAGUAUGUAUAACACAGCACAUUUUGUAGGAAAUGAAUUUUCUAUAGUUAGAAGUACACCCAAAUUUCUACUAACUUGGUUUAUAAAGAACCUUAUUUAGGCCUAAUCUUUUGUGGACCUCUUCCUCAUGAAUACAUGGCCAAGGCAACUUAAAUGCAAUUUUUAUAUGAAUAAGAUUUUAUUGAAACAGUCUUGCCCAUUGGUUAUACAUUGUCUGUGGCUAAUUAUGUGUUAUAGUGAAAUUGCAACUGAAGACCUGAAUAGUUGUGACAGGCUGUUUGAUUCAUAAAGCCUAACUUUUUAAUGGCAUGACCCUCUGGGAGAAAAGUCAACCCAUGAAUAAAUGUCUGUGUAUUAUCUGUAA